GGAACUGAUGGACAUAGGUGGAUAGUCUAGGUAGAAUUCGGGCCAGCCUCAUUGUCAUACAUGUUACUGCUUUGCGAGCAUCGUAAACACUGAUUUUGGUGUUUCUAUGAGGCCAAAUUUUCUAGAAUGAAGCGAUGAGUUUCCUGGGCAGGGCGAGCUCAAAAUCGAGGCUUCUCUCCUCUGUUCUGAAAAUAACCUCCAACAAACCUCUUUGUGUCUUUGGUGCCUUGGCAGCCUCGAGUGUGGCUUAUGCUGGAUACAAUCACUAUGUUCUUUCCAAACCUAGUGAUCCAGGGACCCAAACAGUCAGCAUUGGUACCGAAGACAUCCUGGACCUCAAUGACGGUCUCAUUACAUCAGUCAUCCGAGUACCCACCAAACCUGGAGAGGCCCGAUUCCGAGUAUUCGCUAGCCUCAAUGUCGACGGCGAACCCUUCAUGACUCCCAGUGAUUUCUUAGAUGCCAUGAUUCAAGAAAGGCCCAAACCUCGAAUCAAGCCCAAACUUGUCCCACCUGAGACCCUCAAAAUGAUCUUGGAUUCAACGCCAACGGUCGACCAGUACGUGGAACUUCAUCGUGGAGAGGAUCCGUGUUUGCUACGGGAAAUCGGCGAACGUGGGAUCAUAUCCUUCGUGGAAUACCUUUUCCUUCUUUCCAUUCUCACUCGACCAUCAUCAGGCUUCAGGGUGGCCUUCGAUUUGAUAGACAUUUCCCGGGAAGACUCCAUCAUGAAGUCUGAAUAUCACAAGUUCUGUAUGAUGUCCUCCAAUCUUCAGAAACGUUCAAAAAACAGCGAUUUAAUCAACCUAAGUUCGGGGCCCGAGGACACGACCCUUAUUCGUCAUUUCUUUGGACCCGAUGGGCGCCACAAGCUUUCCUAUGAGGAAUUUGCCGCCUUUCUCACGGGUCUUCAAAGAGAGGUUUUGAAAGCGGAGUUCCUGGAAUAUUCGAGAGGUUUGGAGAAAAUCUCUGAAAGAGAUUUUGCUCAAUUACUCUUGCGAUAUACAACUCUCUCUGACGAGGGCCAAAAUCGAUACUUCUCUCGACUGGGUCAGAGAAUCCCUCGAAGCCGAGAUAGGCCAAUGCUGACCUUUCCAGAAGUCGAGUUGUUCUUUUCGUUGGUGAACAACAUAUCGGACUUUCAGUACGCUUUUUUUCUUUAUCCUCAAAUGGGCCGGAAGCUAAGCCGCGAAGAGUUCAAUCGAGCAUCCAAAAUCAGCUUGGACGGUCAAGAGUUGUCAGAGAAAAUUGUGGAUGUCAUCUUUGCCCUCUUUGAUCAAACAGGCGAGGACUCUUUAAGUUCAGAGGAAUUUUUUACUGUCAUCAAGAAUCGCCUAAACCGUCAAGUGCGGAAAUCAUUCGAUCGAACCGGUUGGAACGCCUUCAAGUCUUGCCUAAAGGAAGAAAUCAGAAAAGGGUGACCAAGUCCGUCAUAAAGUCAUGGGUGAAUUUAGCCAAGUUCAUGCGACUUCUCCCGUUCAAAAUCCACUACCCCUAAGAUACAAGAGAGAGCUGAGAAAGGCUAUUGCACUUAAUUAUUAAUUCGGAAACAAAUGCUCAAGCGGAUAAUCAAUAGUACAUUGACCAUGGUUGGAAUGGCACUCUAUUGACCUGUCUUUGACGAUUAGAUGAGGUAUUUAUUGGAAUCUUGGUGCCACUGACGUCAACUAUAAAUGUGUAUAUAUAUAUAUAUUGCACGUUCCAACAAUGAUAUAAAAGAAACAGAUUAUCAAGUCAUUAACAAGACUUCUUACUAGUGCUCUACCCCGCCUGAGUGGUUCAGGAGGUUAACUAAAUAGUUCACUUCACAAUGUUUCUGCUCAACCACGUGGUGAUUGAACCAGUCCACUUGGGUAUUCGUGGCAACAGGCGAAGGGGACGGACUGGGUCCACCUCCGAGGCCGCCAUUGUCCGAGUCCAAAGGUAGGGUGAGGUGAGGAGUAUUGAUGAAAUGAGGAUCAGCCGGAGCUAAUCCGACCACAGAUUGGGCAUUGGGACGAAUCACUGACUGGCCCACGGGUUGGAUCACGCGUUGGAUCACUGGCUGAGGCAAGGGUUCCAGGUGCACGCCGGGAAAGGUGUCCGACGGGUCCUGACUGUUCGAGUCGCCUUCACUGCUCAUGUUGGAGAGGAGAUCCUCGAUGUUGUCGCCAAUAUCUGGAAGGCCGAAGUUGAUGAGGUUGGACUGUUGACUCAAUAGGUCCGGAUGACUCUUGAGGGUCGGCUGUUCUUCGGGGAAGAAGCGAUUGGUGAAGGGCCGUUCCGGCGACUUGGGCUCAAGAAUGGUCAAUCUUUCCUUCUUGGGCACUAUGAGAGCUUCCGAAGAGGUUUCCGGGCUGGAUCGGGCUGGACUAGGCACCACCUUGGUUUGCUUUUGUCGUUUCUUCC